UAUGCUGCAGAGGAGUGGGCUGUUGUGGCUUGCUGUGUUGAUAACCCUGUGGGUUUCCUCAAAUGCUCAAGAUGGUGACGUGGAAGAGGAGACUACCUUUGAUUUACUUCAAAUCAGUAACAUAAACCGAAAGACAGUUGGAGCAAAACUGUUUCGAGGUCCAGACCCCACUACCCCAGCAUACCGUUUCAUUCGAUUUGACCAUAUACCUCCGUGUAAACCAGAGAAAUUAAAACAGAUUGUCAAACUCAUACGGCAAAAUGAGGGCUUUAUCCUUUCAGCCACCUUGAGACAGGACAGGCAAUCUAGAGGCACUAUCCUUGCUUUAGAGGGUCCUGGCAUCAGUGAGAGGCAGUUUGAGAUCAUUUCCAAUGGCCGGGCCAACACCCUGGACCUUAUCUAUUGGGUGGAUGGCUUCCAGAACGUGAUUUCCCUGGAAGAUGUGGACCUUGCUGACUCACAGUGGAAGAACCUCACCGUGCAAAUAACAGGGGAGAACUACAACCUCUAUGUUGGCUGUGACCUUAUUGACAGCUUCAUCCUGGAGGAGCCUUUCUAUGAGCAGCUGAAAGCAGAGAACAGCAGAAUGUAUGUGGCAAAAGGGUCCAUUCGGGAGAAUCAUUUCAGGGGUCUUUUGCAAAAUAUUCAGUUAAUCUUUGAUACUUCAAUAGAAGAUGUUCUGCGUAAAAAAGGAUGCCAAAGGAGCCAGUCAACUGAAGUGAACACCAUCAACGAGAGCACUGAAAUCCUUCACUUGAGCCCUGCUGUCACAUCUGAGUAUGUGGGUGAGAAGGCAGAGAAGAAGGCUGAGUUCUGUGACCGCUCCUGUGAAGAGCUGGGAACAAUGUUCACAGAGCUCACUGGCCUGCGCAUUGUGGUGAACAACUUAGUUGAUAACCUCCAAAAAGUGUCUGAAGAGAACCAAAUUAUGUGGGAAUUGAUUGGGCCUAACAAGACACUGAAGAACCAGUCAGUUUGCUGGCAGGAUGGCCGUGUCUUUUCAGAUAAUGAAAGCUGGAUUGUAGAUAGCUGCACCAAAUGCACCUGCCAGGAUUCUAAAAUUGUGUGCCAUCAAAUCACCUGCCCAGCAGUGUCCUGUGCCAAUCCAUCUUUUGUUGAAGGCGAAUGCUGUCCAGUCUGCUCUCACUCUGAUGACAGUGAGGAAGGCUGGUCACCAUGGUCAGACUGGACAAAGUGCUCAGUUACCUGUGGCUCUGGGACUCAGAUGCGAGGAAGGUCAUGUGAUGUCACCAGGAGUGCUUGUACAGGCCCGCACAUCCAGACAAGGAUGUGCAGCUUUAAGAAAUGUGACCAUCGCAUACGUCAAGAUGGUGGCUGGAGUCACUGGUCUCCCUGGUCAUCCUGUUCAGUUACCUGCGGAGUAGGAAAUAUCACCCGCAUCCGCCUCUGCAAUUCCCCUAUCCCCCAGAUGGGUGGGAAAAACUGUGUGGGGAAUGGGCGUGAAACAGAGAAGUGUGAGAAGGUUCCAUGUCCAGUGAAUGGCCAAUGGGGUCCUUGGUCUCCAUGGUCUGCCUGCACUGUUACCUGUGGAGGAGGAAUUCGUGAGAGGUCUCGCCUCUGUAACAGUCCAGAGCCACAGUAUGGAGGAAAACCAUGUGUGGGAGAUACCAAGCAACAUGAUAUGUGCAAUAAGAAGGAUUGCCCAAUUGAUGGGUGUUUGUCAAAUCCUUGCUUUCCUGGAGCAGAAUGCAACAGUUACCCAGAUGGGUCUUGGUCAUGUGGGCCAUGCCCAGCAGGUUACCUUGGCAAUGGUUCUGUCUGUGAGGAUCUUGAUGAGUGUAUAGCUGUGUCAGAUGUUUGCUUUAAGGUGAAUCAAGUCCAUCGCUGUGUGAACACAAAUCCAGGUUUCCACUGCUUGCCAUGUCCUCCACGCUAUAAAGGUAGUCAGCCCUAUGGGGUAGGGCUGGAAGUUGCCAAGACAGAGAAGCAAGUCUGUGAACCUGAGAAUCCAUGCAAGGACAAGACACACAGCUGCCAUAAGUCUGCAGAGUGCAUCUAUCUGGGCCAUUUCAGUGAUCCUAUGUACAAAUGUGAAUGUAGGACAGGUUAUGCUGGCGAUGGACGGAUCUGUGGUGAGGAUUCGGAUUUGGAUGGCUGGCCUAAUAAUAACUUGGUCUGUGCUGCUAAUGCAACAUACCAUUGUGUGAAGGAUAACUGCCCUCUUCUGCCUAACUCUGGCCAAGAAGACUUUGAUAAAGAUGGCAAAGGAGAUGCCUGUGAUGAGGAUGAUGACAAUGAUGGUGUUGAAGAUGACAAAGACAACUGCCCUCUUCUAUUCAACCCUCGUCAGUUUGAUUAUGACAAGGAUGAAGUUGGUGACCGCUGUGAUAAUUGCCCCUACGUACACAACCCUGCUCAGAUUGACACAGAUAAUAAUGGGGAGGGUGACUCAUGUGCUGUGGAUAUUGACGGAGAUGACAUUUUUAAUGAACGAGAUAAUUGUCCUUACGUCUAUAACACAGACCAGAGUGAUACAGAUGGUGAUGGAGUUGGUGAUCAGUGUGAUAAUUGUCCAUUGAUGCAUAAUCCAGACCAGACUGAUGCAGACAAUGACCUUGUUGGUGAUCAGUGUGACAACAAUGAGGACAUAGAUGAAGAUGGCCACCAGAACAACCAAGAUAACUGUCCUUACAUCCCCAAUGCUAAUCAGGCUGACCAUGAUAAAGAUGGUAAAGGAGAUGCCUGUGAUCCUGAUGAUGACAAUGAUGGUGUCCCAGAUGACAGGGACAAUUGUCGGCUCAGAUACAACCCUCAGCAGGAGGACUCUGAUGGUGAUGGCAGAGGUGACAUUUGCAAAGAUGACUUUGACAAUGACAACGUCCCAGAUAUUUAUGAUGUAUGCCCUGAAAACAACGCCAUCAGUGAAACUGAUUUCAGAAAGUUCCAGAUGGUCCCCCUGGACCCCAAGGGAACAGCUCAGAUUGAUCCCAACUGGGUUAUUCGCCAUCAAGGCAAGGAACUGGUGCAGACUGCCAACUCUGAUCCUGGAAUAGCCGUAGGCUACGAUGAAUUCAGCUCCGUUGAUUUCAGUGGGACGUUCUAUGUUAACACAGACCGUGAUGAUGACUAUGCUGGCUUUGUGUUUGGCUACCAGUCCAGCAGUCGGUUUUAUGUUCUGAUGUGGAAGCAGGUCACUCAGACCUACUGGGAGGACAAACCCACCAGGGCUUACGGCUAUUCUGGUGUGUCGCUCAAAGUAGUGAAUUCAACAACUGGUACUGGUGAACACCUCAGAAAUGCUCUCUGGCACACAGGAAACACCCCUGGACAGGUGAGAGAUUUAAAACUUCAGAACAUUGGCUGGAAAGAUUAUACUGCUUACAGGUGGCAUUUGAUUCAUAGACCUAAAACAGGAUUAAUAAAAGUUUUAGUGUAUGAAGGGAAACAAGUCAUGGUGGAUUCUGGACCAAUCUAUGAUACAACCUUUGCUGGUGGACGAUUAGGUCUUUUUGUCUUCUCUCAAGAGAUGGUCUAUUUCUCUGACCUCAAAUAUGAAUGCAGAG